CUUUUCCCUUCCCUUCAACAGUACUGAAUACUGACAGUAGUCAGUCUGACUCACUCCGCUCUUCCAAUACCGCAAAAUUUUCAGAGCGUAUUAUAUUGGAAUUUCCGCUGAAUUAAAAUAAAAAGAUUAUUAUUAAAAGUUAAAAGAAAUUAAAAGAGAGUCCAUAGUUAAUACUACCAAAACAAUUUUGAUCAUGUACAAGGACCGUUAAAAAAAGAGGGGAAGCCUCAGCCUCAAGUUUUUAUCGUAUUAUAUAUUUUUAAUUGCUAAACGCCAUAACCUAUUUACAAUGUGUACUUCAUCAUCAUUGCGGUUGGGUCAGCGACAUUUGGUCUCUCGACAGGCAAUCGCUACGGGUUACGGCAGAAAGUUUUAUUACUACCAUAAUAAAAAUUUGGUAACAUCGUUAGAUUCCAGUGCAGCGAGUGGAAAGAAUGAAAAGUUCAUUCCAUCGAUCAAUUGUCGCAACUAUGGGUCAGCUGCGAUCGCCUCAAGUACCUUACCUGGUGCACUAUCGAAACAACAGGCCAAAGAUCUCGCUGUUAGAUUGACUCCUGAUGAACGAGAGAUCUUAAUCUCUGCCCUUCAGGAGUGUCAGUCUCAUACGGUGAAAGCUGAGUACGAAGGUCAGCUUGCAGCCUUUCGGUGGCGAAGUAAAUUUGGCAGACCUAGCAGAGUGCCCUCACUGGGUGAUGUUGAUCCCACAGGAAGUUAUUGCACUGUUCCUGAUGACUGGCUACUUCGAAAGUAUGCGGAUCAUUCGGAAGAUUCAUUUGCAACAGUUCCUCUGCCGAAAAAAGGUGAUCUAAUGAGAGUAUCGGUUGCUAAUGCAAUUCCAUUUAUUGGAUUUGGUUUUCUCGACAAUUUCAUAAUGAUUAUCGCCGGUGAACAUAUUGAAACUUCGUUGGGCGCUGUUAUUUCGUUAACGACCAUGGCAGCUGCAGCUUUGGGAAAUACUAUUUCCGAUAUUCUGGGAAUCGGAUCAGCUUUUUACGUUGAGUUAUUGGCACAAAAGAUUGGAUUCAAACCACCAAAAUUAACGCCGGUCCAAUUGGACAUGCCGGUUUCAAGACGAGCCGCAAAUAUGGGCCGUGUGAUUGGAGUGACAAUAGGUUGUAUACUGGGAAUGACGCCUCUCUUACUUAUGGGCAAAGAUACGAAAACGGACGAUCAAAAAGUCUUAAAUUCGCAGAUAACGGAAUCACAAAAUUCCCAAGGAGCAAUUGCACUAUGAGCAUAAUUAAGCUUGUAACAUAAGACUAAGGUUUUUGCAUAAAAGAAAGGGAAAAACGGGUAAAAUUACUCGAACAAUAUACUAAGCUUGACGAAUCCAUACAAAAAGAUAAUAUUCCUUCCUUCCGGUCAUCUCAAAAGUCGGCGGAGGAUAAUAUUCGUCCGGUAAUAAUCUAAUGGAUCAAUCGAGAGAAUAAUGUGAACACAUUCCAAAUUAUGCCUGCGAAUAUCAGUGGAAGCGGAUUAUGCAGAUCUAUUGACCUUGGAAAUAUGCUGACUAAGGAUUACUUAACAGAAAAAAAACUUAUUUAGUGCAUUUUUACAAUGCUGUUACCCACAAAAUUUACUGCAAAUAUUCUUCCCCUCCUUUUUUUUUUAAUUUUUUCUAUAUUGUUAUUCAUAUAUUGGAAUCUAUUUUAAAAAAACUUAUUUAUCUUCCUGCAAUGAGCGAGCAAAUUUAAGUGUUACUUUUUUCACGAUAACGAUAAUGUUAGCUCAGGGCAUUUGUGCACCUCGCGUAUGUGUGUAAUAGAUGUAUCUAUGUAGUAUACAUAAUUGAAAUACCAGUAGCGUUACUCACUUUUCCAGAAUUUGCCGGCACGAAAGAUUUCUGAUAAUUAGGUGAUGUAAAUAUUUUCAUGACUGACUGUAUAGCCAAUGAAAAAAUGAUAGGGUUAUAUAGUACCUGGCCGCGGUCAAUUUUUCCCUUUUGCUCAGAUAUCGCCGCGUAUCACCCAACAUUUUUCUUUAGUUCCUCGAGAAUGUCGAUAUAAUAUAAAUAAUUGUAUAUUUUCUUCAAUUGUAUUCUUACGAAAAGUAAUACAAACGAUAUAAUUAUAUUGACUCAAUAGAAAACAGUUAUAACACAUUUGAGAUGUUGAUCCUCAGGGAUCGAGGUCGGCUAGAUGGAAAAAUCAAUGCUGUGCCUCAGGGACCGACAUCGACUUUUACGUAUAUUUGUAUGUUUACGUUAUUGCGUGUAAACCAAUCUACGAAAAAUGUUUGAUUAAAAGAAGAAUGAGGUGACGAAUGAACUGAAAAACGA